CGCCGGCCGACGCCGCGCUCCUGCCUGCGCUCCGGCCCCUCCCCCGAGCCCCGUGGUCCGGCAGCUCCUGGCCGGGGGCCCGCGGGCGGGCCGCCCUCCCCGCCGCUGCCCACCCCCCUCUUAAAGCGGCGGCGGGAAGAUGAAGCUUCGGGAGUCGCUCCUGGGCGGCAGCGCCGCGAUGCCGGGCGCGUCCCUGCAGCGGGCCUGCCGCCUGCUCGUGGCCGUCUGCGCGCUGCACCUUGGCGUCACCCUCGUCUACUACCUGGCCGGCCGCGACCUGAGCCGCCUGCCCCAGCUGGUGGGAGUCUCCACCUCGCUGCAGGGCGGCUCGAACGGCGCCGCCGCCAUCGGGCAGCCCUCCAGGGAGCUCCGACCGCCGGGCGCCCCGCCACCGCUGCCUUGGGGCGCCUCCUUCCAGCCGCGCCCGGGUCGUGACUCCAGCCCGGACGCAGACUCCCGUCCCGGCCCCGCGCGCAACUUGACUUUGGCCGCGCUGUCUCCCGGCACAGCAGUGUCGCUGCCCGCUUGCCCCGAGGAGUCCCCGCUGCUCGUUGGCCCCAUGAUGAUCGAGUUUAACAUGGCUGUGGACCUGAAUCGUGUGGCGGAAGAGAACCCGGAGGUGAAGUUGGGUGGCCGCUACACCCCCAAGGACUGCAUCUCUCCUCACAAGGUGGCCAUCAUUAUUCCUUUCCGCAAUCGGCAGGAACACCUCAAGUACUGGCUCUAUUACUUGCACCCGAUCCUUCAACGUCAGCAGUUGGACUAUGGCAUCUAUGUUAUCAACCAGGCUGGAGAAGCCAUGUUCAAUCGUGCUAAGCUCCUCAACGUGGGCUUCCAAGAGGCCUUGAAGGACUACGACUACAACUGCUUCGUGUUUAGCGACGUGGACCUCAUUCCCAUGAACGACCAUAACGCCUACAGGUGUUUUUCGCAGCCUCGGCACAUUUCUGUAGCAAUGGAUAAGUUUGGAUUUAGCCUCCCUUAUGUUCAGUAUUUUGGAGGUGUCUCUGCUCUAAGUAAAGAACAGUUUCUCACCAUCAAUGGAUUUCCUAAUAACUACUGGGGCUGGGGAGGCGAAGACGACGACAUUUUUAACAGGUUGGUUUUUAAAGGCAUGUCUCUAUCUCGCCCAAAUGCUGUGAUCGGGAAGUGCCGCAUGAUCCGACAUUCGAGAGACAAGAAAAACGAGCCCAAUCCUCAGAGGUUUGACCGAAUCGCACACACAAAGGAGACAAUGUUCCUUGAUGGUUUGAACACACUUUUCUACAACGUAUUGGACGUACAGAGAUACCCGUUGUAUACCAAAGUCACAGUGGACAUCGGCACACCGAGCUAGCAUUGUGGUACACUAAAAGAGACCUGAAAAUGGCCGGGGACCUCUACUACGUGUCUCUGUCAGUCUGCUGGGCUGGUCGCUCUCAUUCUUCCCAGUCAGAGUGAUAGGGCUUCCCAGCUCAUCAUUCAGAUGCCUUUCCAGAUGACCGGAACUAGCGGCAUAUUUGGCCCCCAACUUGGCUCGGCAUGUGACUUCUUAGCUCUGCAAGGUGUUUGUCAGUGUAGGAAACAUCAGCCUUUGGGGGGUUCUCAGUGUGUUCCCGGUGUCUCCCCAAAGAAUCAGAGCUGUACACAGCCCCAAAUUUGGUGACUGUGGGACUCCUUCCCAGCGGUAAACUGCUAAUCUGUUGUGAAAUAGGUAAGAAUUUUGCUUUAAAUUGUGGUAUUCUUGUUACUUUAUGAAAAAUUGGAGAGUGCUGCUGAAUUGGAUUGUUGUGAUGUUUUUUGGUCGUCACAUUUUAACGGAAAAACACACGAUGUCAACCAUUCUCAUUUCACCCCCUCCCCUACCUUCUUUCAGUGGUAUGCGGCUAUUACAAUCACUGAGUCACUGUGUGUGUGUGUGUCUUUUCUCAGCAAAAGAAUUUUAAAACUUGAGCCUUAGACCUUUGGUCCAGCUAAUGUGGGAAUUCCCGGGCAACUUUAGCCAUCAGAGCAUAAGCCUCGGGUGUUCUCACAUUUAGUGGCCUUUCUCCAAAUUGUCUGAUUUCUGAAUGUAAAGACUUUUUUAAAAUAGCAGUUUGUAGUAUUUUAAAGAAAGAACAAAUCAGGUUCUAAUUAUGACCUAGCUUGAUUUUCUGUUGAUCCAGAUUUACAUAGCUAUUUAGUCUUAAGUCAUGGCAAUUUAUUGUUCUGAGCAUGCUAUGUAAACUUGAAUUUCCUAUGUAUUUUUAUUGUGGUGUUUUAAAUGUGGGCAGGGGACUGAACACUUUUUAGGGGAAAAAAUACUGUAUGCUGUAACGGCCACUAACGGGCCUCUAAUGUAGCUGGCAGGUUAGGUUUUGUGAAGAGCAAAGUCUCCUUUGGGCCCUUUGAUGAGGGCAAGGCUUCUGGUCAGGCCGGCAGUACCCUGCCCUGUCGGACCUCUGGGGACACUGGGGCCCCAGCCUGCUGGCCAGAGCUCUCCCCCUCCCAACCCUCCCCAGGCGGGCAGGGCAGAGGGAACCGCCGCCUCCCGGACUGACGCUGGGACCUCCCUUCAGGGCCCUAGGCUGGGGGGUUGUAAGUGAUAGCACUCAGGUUGUUUACUGGCCCUCAGCCUGGGGAGGCGGAGAGAGCCUCGUUCUGGCCCCUGGAGCCCUGGCCCCCGCUCGGCUCUGCUGGCCGCGCUGCCCGGCCCACCUUGCAGGACCUGCUCUCCCUCUUCUCCCCUUCCUCCCUCCCCAUUUCAGUUCCUUGGCCUCUUGCCUGUUCCCUAAAACUUGCCUAUGGCACUGAGGGUCAAAUAGAUUAUUCAUUUUCCAGCAGGAAUGUGCCUUUUAAUUAGAGAUCUAGAAAGAAGUUCAGCUGAACCCCCUACACUCCCCGAGGACCACUCUGGUGCCUGAGGCCUCCCAUUCCCCCUCAGGUUUGCAGCAGGUGCUUCCACUCCUGGGAGGCUGCCCAGGCGUGCCUUCCCCAAACCCACCUCUGCGGGGCGAGGUGUGGACUGCCUGGGGUGAGAUGGGUGCACCAGUUCUUAGCCCUGGGCGCCCCUGCCGGCUUCAACCUGGGCUAAGAUGGAAGAUUCACCUGUCUGAUCCCAGGGCUGACCUUUCAGCUGGUGGCAGCCCGGACCCCACCACUGCCCUCCUGGGAAGCAGGUGUCAGCGUGGAAGCUGAGCUACUGCCCAGCCCCAGUGUCACCUGUGCCUUUAUCGCUCUGAGCAUCUCAGAUCCUAACUUGAUUCUUUUUCCAGAAGCCUUGGUAUUGGUUAAAAAUUAUUUUCCACUGCAGUAGCAGCUGGGCUAUGCAAAGAGUAUUCCCUCUGUCAGCGCCCCACUCCUUCAUAGCGAUGUUAAUAAAACUAAGAAGGAUCGCCCGGGGAGGGAGUUCUAGGAAAUACAAAGAAUGACGGCCUCUCUUUCUGUCCCCAGAUCCUGACUUUUCCAAAGUGCCUUAAAAGAAAGCAGACGAAUACCCUAGGUGGUAACUUCUUUGUUACUUACUUUAUUCUUAAAACAAAAUUCUGACUUUUUUUUGGUUUCCUGUCACGUUUCCUUCAUGUUCCAUUGGAAUAGUUAAGUAUGUGGUUCCUUCUCAGAACCAAGGGCAAUCCUGCUUCACUGGUGUGCCAUUUGCUGACCUUGUGGUGCUCUCAGGGGCCGCCUGGGCCCAGGGCGAGGCCUCGACGCCUGCCGGGCUCGUGAGAUGCUCCAGGUCCUCUCCCCUCCCUGGGCGGUUCUGGGCUGAGGGUUCAGGGAGCGUUUCCUUUACCUGGAAGUUGUCACCAUGAAGUUGUCACGUGCAGUGUCUUUCUCUCUUUCUCUCCGUCCCGUUGCUGGUGCCCCUGUAAAGAGGCUUUUGGGAACGAGUAGAGGGCAGAGGUGGCACAGGAGGGUAAAGGAUGUCCUGGUGCUGGCUCAGCCUGGCAGGGGCUCUGCUGACCUCAGGGCCGGGCACAGCCAGGAUGGCUGUUUUCCUGUCCCAGAGACCUGUUGUGCUGUGUUAUUUUGAUUUCCCAUUUAUUCAAAUGUAUGUAUUUACAAUUGUAAAGGGGGGGGAUGUCUGACCUUAGUGUUCCAAACAGAACUGUAUUUUUGCCUUUAAAAUCCAGUGAUAUAACUGGAAGGUGAAUAAAUGACCUUAUCUUUGUAACUGCA